UUUCUUUCACAAGUCAAGCGCUCAUUUGAUUUUGCCAAGACAAACAAGGCAUAUUCCUGGCAUUAACGCAGUGAGUUGCUAAACACUUGAAACGACAGACUUUGUAACUAAUGUUUCACUUGAAUGUGAGACAUUUGCUCCUGCAACAGCGGAUCAGUUCUCUCACGGAUAUAGCAUUUAAUCCAGAGAUGGGGUGGACUUCCUGUAUCAUUUUGUUUCUGUGUGUGUCGGUGUGUGAGUCCUGGCCGCUGCCUGACACAGAGCCUCUAAUGCAUGGGGUGGUCCAGUCCCCCCAGUAUCCUCAGCCUUACCCUCCCAACCUGCAGGAGCAGUGGGACCUCAGUGUGCCAGAGGGCUACCAGAUCCGACUCACCUUCACACACUUGGACAUUGAAGCUUCUGCUGGCUGCUAUUACGACGCCCUUACAGUUCUCUAUGAUACAAAUAUCCUGGGGAAGUUUUGUGGUCAUGAGAACUUGGCUGAUGGGCAUCACCCAGGCAACCAGCCCAUCUUGUCUCCAGGCAACAGACUCACCCUCAUGUUCCAGUCAGACGACAACAACCCAGAGCGCCAUCAGAAUGUGGGCUUUUCUGCUCAGUACCAGGCAAUAGACAUGGAUGAGUGUUCUGCGCCAGAACCUGAAGAUGGCUCAGGUCCACUGUGCUCUCAGAUCUGCUUCAACACCCUUGGCUCAUACCUCUGCUCCUGUCACCACGGCUACGAGCUUCGCGCAGACCAGCGCAGCUGUGUGUUAUCCUGUGGCGGAGGUAUAUUUGAUGAGACAGAGGGACAUCUGUUCAGUCCAGGAUACCCUAACCCCCCACAUCAUGCUGUGUCAUGUCAGUACAUUAUUUCUGUAGAAUCUGGCUUCACUGUCGUUCUUAACUUCACUGACAACUUCCACAUCGAGAGCAUGGACACUGAGCAAGGUCCAAACUGUCUCCAUCACUGGUUGCAGGUGACCACGUCAGACAGAGAGCCCAUGAAGCUGUGUGGUGGAAAGAGUCCAGGUCUGAUAGUCACAAACUCCAACACUGUCAGACUGGACUACCACACUGAUAAUGAAGGCCUGAGCAAAGGCUGGAGCCUGGACUACAGCACAUACAGAGUGAAGUGUCCAUUGCCCGGUAAUGUGGCUAAAGGCAGGGUCACUCCUAUCUUGACUGAAUAUUUCUACAGAGACUACAUCUAUGUGCGCUGUGACCAAGGAUACAAGCUGAUGAUGGGUGGUCAGGAGGUUGAGGGUUUCUCUACCAUGUGCCAAAGCAGUGGACAGUGGCAUCUCCCUCUACCAGAAUGCCACAUAAUUGAUUGUGGAGAACCUGAACCUUUGCUCAAUGGAGGGUUGACCUUCCUGUCUGGCUUUCAGUAUCAGUACCGUUCUGUUGUUCAGUAUCACUGUAAUGAACCAUUUUACUCUCUCCUUGGGGGCAUUACUGUUGUCUUCACCUGUGAAGCCGACAGAAAGUGGAGGUCCAACAGUGAUAUUGUUGUCAGUCCAACAUGCAUACCAGUCUGUGGCCAGCCAACAAAACUCAUCUCUGCCUAUCAGAGGAUCAUUGGAGGCAGUCACGCUCCAGAGGAUACCAUCCCCUGGCAAGUGCUACUGAAUAUAGAUGGAGGAAGAGGAGGAGGCAUGGUGAUUGGAGACCGCUGGAUUAUGACUGCAGCUCAUAACGUAAUGAAUAAAGGAAAUCAAGUAUCAGAAGAGACUGUGCGGAUAUAUAUGGGCCUUACUGAUGUUAAAACCCAGUUGGACUCUCCUGUGUAUGCUGCCUCAGUCCACGUUCAUCCUGAAUACAACAACCCCAUUAAUGUAGACUACAACCAUGACAUUGCCUUGAUCAAACUGCAAGACCCAAUCACAUUCAACUCAUCCAUCAUGCCAAUAUGUUUGCCAGCAGAGGGUGCCACAUACAUCACUGGCGUGAUGGGACUGGUGUCAGGCUUUGGCGUUACAGAAACUGGCGGCCGACGGAUUUUAACAAAUAAGAUGAAUUAUGUGCAAUUACCUGUGGUGGAGCAGGAGACAUGCAGUAAAUCAAUCACUUCGUUGAAGAAGACAAGGGACAAUGUUCCAAGUCUGUCAAAUAACAUGUUCUGUGCUGGAGUCCCUGAAGGUGGGCAGGACUCCUGCCAGGGUGACAGUGGAGGCCCCUACGCCCUAAGAGACAACGGAAGGUUCUGGGCUGCUGGGAUUGUCAGCUGGGGAGUUGACUGCGGAAAGCAGGGAACAUAUGGAGUCUAUACCAGAGUCACCAACUACAUGGACUGGAUCAACAAGACUAUGCAGGAGAACUGGUUUCUGUGUUUGUCAGCGAGUUUUUGCUGGCAGCUGCCCAACUCUGGGUCUGCAAUACAUGGAGAGGUCCAGUCCCCUCAGUCUCCCCGGCCUUACCUUCCCAACCUGCUGAGGCAAUGGGACAUCUGGGUUCCCGAGGGCUAUCUGAUCCAGCUGUCCCUAACACACCUGGAUAUUAAAGCUUCCUCAGGCUGCCAUCAAGACUCUCUGAUGGUUCUCUAUGAUCAAAAUGUCUUGGGGAAGUUUUGUGGCCAGGAAAAUUCAACUGAUCACCCAGGCAAAGAGCCGAUCCUUUCUCAAGGCAACAAACUGACUCUCAUAUUCCAAACAAGUGACUUCAAUACAAAACUCCAACAGCACAUUGGCUUCUCUGCUACCUAUAAGGCAAUAGACAUGGAUGAGUGUUCCCAACCAGACCCUGGAGAUGGCUCAGGUCCACUCUGCUCUCAGAUCUGUGUCAACACCCCUGGUUCUUACCGCUGCUCCUGUCACCACGGUUACAAACUUCAUUUAGACCAGCACACAUGUUUGAUGUCCUGUGGUGGUUGUAUAUUUGACAAGAAUAAGGGACAUCUGGCAAGUCCGAGAUACCCUCACCCCUCACCACCUUUGCUGUCCUGCUUAUACAUCAUCACCGUGGCGCCCAGCUUAACUGUGACUCUCAACUUCACUGACAACUUCCACAUAGAUAGCAUAGACACUGAACAAGGUCCCAGCUGUGUACGUCACUGGCUGCAGGUGACCAUACCAGACAGAGAGCCCAUGAAGCUGUGUGGUGGAAAGAGUCCAGGCCUGAUAGCUACAAACUCCAACACUGUCAGACUGGACUACCACACUGAUGUUGAAGGCCUGAGUCGCGGCUGGAGCCUGGACUACAGUACAUACGUAAUUGAUUGUGGAGAACCUGAACCUUUGCUCAAUGGAGGGUUGAUCUUCCUGUCUGGCUUUCAGUAUCAGUACCGUUCUGUUGUUCAGUAUCACUGUAAUGAACCAUUUUACACUCUCUCUGGUGGCGUUAAUGUUACUUUCACCUGUGAAGCAAACAGAAAUUGGAGAUCCAACCACAACAAUGUCACUCCAACAUGUAUACCUGUCUGUGGCAAGCCCACAAAACUCAUCUCUGCCUAUCAGAGGAUCAUUGGAGGCAGUGACGCUCCAGAGGAUACCAUCCCCUGGCAAGUGCUACUGAAUAUAGAUGGAGGAAGAGGAGGAGGCAUGGUGAUAGGAGACCGCUGGAUUAUGACUGCAGCUCAUAACGUAAUGAAUAAAGGAAAUCAAGUAUCAGAAGAGACUGUACGAAUUUAUAUGGGCCUUACUGAUGUUAAAACCCAGUUGGUCUCUCCUGUGUAUGCUGCCUCAGUCCGAAUUCAUCCUGAAUACAACAACCCCAUUAAUGUAGACUACAACCAUGACAUUGCCUUGAUCAAACUGCAAGACCCAAUCACAUUCAACUCAUCCAUCAUGCCAAUAUGUUUGCCAGCAGAGGGUGCCACAUACGUCACUGGCGUGAUGGGACUGGUGUCAGGCUUUGGCAUUAAAGAAAUUGCCGGCCGACGGAUUUUAACAAAUAAGAUAAAUUAUGUGCAAUUACCUGUGGUGGAGCAGGAGACAUGCAGUAAAUCAAUCACUUCGUUGAAGAAAACAAGGGACAAUGUUCCAAGUCUGUCAAAUAACAUGUUCUGUGCUGGAGUCCCUGAAGGUGGGCAGGACUCCUGCCAGGGUGAUAAUGGAGGCCCCUACGCCCUAAGAGACGAUGGAAGGUUCUGGGCAGCUGGGAUUGUCAGCUGGGGGGUUGGCUGUGGAAAGCAGGGAACAUAUGGAGUCUAUACCAGAGUCACCAACUACAUGGACUGGAUCAACAAGACUAUGCAGGAGAACUGAAAUUUACAGUAAAAACAUUUACAAUAACAUAAAAAAGAGAAGUGAUUUUGUUUUAAAUAGAGUCUUUCUGUAAUGUUAAUGUAUAUGUCACAAAAAAGCUAAAAAUAUAGAUAAUUUUCCAGUGCAAGGUA